GCUUCAGGUCUCUUUUAAGGAACUCCACCCUAGGUGGAGUCCUCACCGUAGUCACACCUCUCCCCUGGCCCAGCCAAGGCGGAGAAAGACGAAAUCACUCCACCCUCUCAGGUUGCCUAGAGAGCACUUCACGUUCUGACCUGUGUGGGUUUCGAGGUCCCCAGUGGGACAGCUAGAAACCUCCAAGAAACCCCGCCCUAGAGAACCUGCAAAGAGUUGCUGCUGUUUUUCCUUGAAGCUCUUGCCCCGGGCCGGUGUUCUCCUAAGUGUAUCGACCAAUCAUCGGCAUUUUCUCCUCCCUUUUUUCCUUUUAGGAAAGAGUUGGGGUGUGGGGCUGUAACCGCAGCGUUGAAGGGAUCCUCUCGUUAUAUCUCAUUCUGGGUUCCUCAGCAGUGUUUGCAGGUUCUGGGCGGUUUUCUUAGCCUCUACCUCCCUCCUUUUUUUCAAGGGUGUGCGGAGUUCAGAGGCUGGGUGGAGAGUGGGCUUGGCCGGAACUGAACUGGUAAAGGUAAAAGGGGAACGGAGGAUCUUCAGAGUUGGCCUCUUCAACCCAGGGAACCCACUUUAUUUUUAGCUGACUUUAGGGGGAGCAUUCUUUUUAGGCAGUACCCUCUGCCUGCCCUAAUUUUUGGAUUGGAUGCUAGAGAUCUUUGUUUUCCUUGUUCUGAGGGUGGCCCAGCUGAGUCUGAAGAAACUCCCUCUCUUUUUUCCUUCUUCCCUAUUUCCCAGCUGGAAGAAAAAGGGGAAGUGGGGGGCCGCGAAAGAGAAAGCAGGAGAACGUAACCCGGCACGCUGUCAGACAGGGGCGGGUGUGAGUGGAACAGCUGUUUUGCGAUCAGCUCAGGAGUAUGAGCCUACGGGAGGACCGCGUGAGCUUCAGACACUUCAGGAGUCCUCAGCUAAAGACAAGGGCGAUAUGGAUCAACUCUUAAACAACUUAGAGGUCCAAUUUAAUGCAGAAGCUUGCUCAAUGGAAGCUUUCAAACAGGUCACUGGCCCUAUUCAUACCAGAGAUACUCCUGAGCCAACAGACAGAAGUAAUAUUGCCUCUCCAUCACUUCUGGAUACCAGCCCUAUGGAGAACCCAGAACUGUUUAAUGACAUCAAGAUUGAGCCCCCAGAAGAACUUCUGGAUAAUGACUUCAACCUGCCCCAGGUGGAACCAGUUGACCUCUCCUUUCACAAGCCUAAGGCUCCUCUCCAGCCUGCUAGCAUGCUUCAACCUCCCAUACGUCCUCCCAAACCACAGUCUUCUCCCCAGGCCACUGUAGUGUCCACUUCAACAGCUCACAUGGGCACUCCAACUAACAUUCCUACUGUUCUUGCUCCAAACUCUAUUCUGCCCUCCUCUCAGGGGACUGGUGGCCAACAGUUCUUACAUGUGAUACACACUAUUCCCUCAGUCAAUCUGCCAAAUAAGAUAGGUGGACUGAAGGCCAUCCCAGUAGUGGUGCAGUCUCUACCCAUGGUGUAUACCAGUUUGCCUACAGAUGGGAGCCCUGCAGCCAUUACAGUUCCACUUAUUGGAGGAGAUGGCAAAAAUGCUGGAUCAGUGAAAGUUGACCCCACCUCCAUGUCUCCACUGGAGAUUCCAAGUGACAGUGAAGAGAGUUUAAUUGAGAGUGGAUCCUCAGCCUUACCAAAUCUACAAGGACUGCAGCAAGGAUCAAGAAUAAUGACCCAAAUGCAGGGAGAAGAGUCACUUGAUUUGAAGAGAAGACGGAUUCACCAAUGUGACUUUGCAGGAUGCAACAAAGUAUACACCAAAAGCUCUCACCUGAAAGCUCACCGCAGAGUCCAUACAGGAGAGAAGCCUUAUAAAUGCACCUGGGAUGGCUGCACCUGGAAAUUUGCUCGCUCAGAUGAGCUCACACGCCAUUUCCGUAAGCACACAGGCAUCAAACCAUUCCAGUGCACAGACUGCAACCGCAGCUUUUCUCGCUCUGACCAUCUGUCCCUGCACCGCCGACGCCAUGACACCAUGUGAGCAUCACAGGCCACUCCAGAGGAGCUGUGCUGGUUUGUUUCCUGUGUAUGUGUUGAGGUCACAACCGUAGUUUCCUCUUUGACUUCAACUUGCCUCUGGAACGGGGUAGGAGCAGCCUACUGAGCCAAAUUGAGGAGACCGGAGAAAAAGAUAGCUGGCCUCCCAAGGGAUCCUUUUUAUUCCACCUUCACCUCUCCUCUAUCUAGACUUAACUUUUUUCAACCUCUGCAUGGGUUGAAUUCUAUUGUGGCGCCCAUGGCUGCCCCCAACCCAAUCUCUGCUCCUUUGAAAUAGACAUUCUUCCUAAAAUAACAGAACAGGAAUCAAACUCAAGGCUGUGAACAAACAUAU